AUGCCUUUCACCGCCUCCGACAUCUGCAAGAUCAUCCUCGCCAUCAUCCUCCCACCUCUCGGUGUCUUCCUUGAGAGAGGUUGUGUCGCUGACUUCUGGAUCAACGUCCUCCUCACAAUUCUCGGAUACCUUCCUGGUAUCAUCCACGCCUUGUACAUCAUUCUGAAGUACUAG